CAUUACAAGAUCUUAACCACAGGAAGGGCUGAAGAAAUGUCAUGAAAGGAUUGUGAAAGCAGGCAAAGACCAUUGAAACAGAAAUGGCUAAUAAGUAUCACAUAUAUCUGCUGGAACUGAUGUUUCUGGGAUUAUUUCUCACAGAUACCAGUGGAGCGACAGAUGUCCAUAUGAUUGUGAGUGAUGGUGAAAAUGUCACUUUGUCUUGUAAUCUAACUCUUUCUGACUGCACAUCAACUUCAUGGAUAUAUUAUAAAAGACAUUCAAAUGCCAUUAGACUGUUUGUUGAAAAUCUCAUUGAUCAUGGAAGACUGAGUCUGGGACCUAACUGCUCUCUGAACAUCUAUAAUGUCACAAAAGAAGAUGUUGGGCGUUACAUCUGUCGCCCGCAAAUGGGGAUAAAUCAAUUUCCUGAUGCCAAUGUUUAUCUGCAUUUUCUUCAAGUAUCUCCACAAUCUGAGAUCGAACCAGGCAGCUCUGUCACUCUCUCCUGUCAGGUGUAUUCAUAUGAUAACUAUUUUUGUAAGAGUUUGUUUAUUAUUGAGGGAUUUCAGAUGAUCUGGGUGAAUGAGGCUGAUGUUAAUCUACAAUCAGACUCCAGAUAUCAGAUCUCAUCUUCAACAGAACACUGUAACAGCAGUCUGACUACAACACUCCUGAAUGAAGACAACAACAGAGAGUUAAGAUGUCAGAUUAUUAAAGGAACUGAAGUUAAGACCUCAGCCAGAUACACUGUCAAGUAUUCGGGAAAUCCACCCAGCAUUAAGUAUGAGAUUGGAUCAAUAAUAAGAGUGAUUAUCAUCAUUGUUGAGUUUGCAGUACUGACAGCACCUACUGUUACUCUUCUCUUGAUCAUCUGUGAAAGGAGAUCUGGCAAAAGAAGAGCUCAAAGCACAAGACUGAGUUAUGUGAAUUGCUCAGAAUCAGUUGUACUAAGUGAUUGUUGAUAUAAAAAUUAUAAACAUGAUGAAAGGAAUAUUUGAUUAUAUGUAAUGCUAUAAAAUGAAGCCUCAAAUUAAAGUUGAGGAACUUGUUCAUCUUAUCUUCUCAAUCAUAUUGCCACACGGUUAACAUCUGUUUUUUAGACUUCUCCAAUUACAUUGCCGAUUUUCUUUCUUCAUGCAAUUUUAAGAAUUUUAAGUCCUCAAACCAUACAUUGAUUCAUAUAAUUAUAAUUUUGAAUAAUAAUAGCAAUAAUAAUAAUCAAUACUAAAAUAAUAUAAAACAACAACAAAAGUAAUAAUCAAAAUAAUAAUAUAUAAUAAUAUUGUUAUUAUUAUAAUCAUAAUUAUAUCACGUUUAGAGCACGCAGAGCAAAUUAAUAUAAUUUAUCUAGGGAUGAGUUAUAACUUAUAAAAUACUGUUGAAAAAAGUCAACUUCAUUGUUGUAGCAACUGAUGUCUAGUCUAUAUAAAUAAAAGUAAGUUGAAAUGACUUAAAUCUGAGUUAAUUAAACAAAAACAUUUAAGGCAUGUCUAAUAUCUACUUAUGUACUUUGUUGAUUCUGAUAGAUUGGAGUAAAAACAUACAUUUGUGUUUUAUUUCAUCUAUUUUAUUUAUUACAUACUUUUAUUUAUCAUUAAUUCAAUUAUAUAUAUAACUGAGUAACUAAUUAAUUUUAAUUACCUGUAUAUAUUCAUUUAUUUUAUCAUUCUUAUUUACUUUCCUCUGAAAAUAACUUUACAUGCAGCCAUUAUUGUCAAAAUAGCUGGCAAAAAGUGAGUACAGCCUAACCCCCCAGUCACAUUAGCUACAAGCGACAGAGACAGAGCGACAGGCUACCACUCAUUUUCAAUGGAAGUGGCCGUUUGCCAGCGACAAGCGACGAGCUCGCGGCUGCGCGAGCAAGGCGGGGCCAAAAUAGACAAGCAGGCUAUUUUAUGCAAAUGCUGAGCGAUGCAACAAAGCGUCUGCCAAUCGGAGUGAAGGAGCAGCGUGACGUAGGUCUGUGGUCGAGUCUGAGAAAAUAAUUCAAGAUGGCGGAAAAUGCGUAUUUAUGUAUAUAUCUGAUAAGUUUGGCAUUUUAUCUCAUAUAUUUUGUUACUUUUAUCGAGAAAUAAAUACUUUUAAAUCCAAAAACACCGUUCUUGUUACUUAACAAUAAGUCUAAAGUGACUUUUGAUACCGCUUUUAGAAACUAGCCAAGGAACACCCAUCAAGCGAGUGCGUGUCGCUCGGUGUCGUUCACUUUUGUAGCUAAUGUGACUGUAGGGUAAGGGGGCAUGCACACCAUAGCUUUUACGCCCGCGGCUGGCGGAUGUUUUCAAUUGUUUCCAAUAAAAGCUCAGCGUUUUUUAAAGAAGCCAGCAGCUAGCGGUUUUCUUCCGCAUUCAGCGCUGAGCGCAGAGAGUUGAAAAAUAUUAAACUUUGUGUGAAAAGCUCCGCUCGUCAAUGUCAGUUCUCACACGGCCGGCCAAUCACAGCGGAGGAGGGGCGGGACAUUACCACAGCAACCAACCGGCUCACAGCUGAAGUAUCACAGCUACCAAAGCGCUCAGCUGAAGAAAGCUGGCACUCAGCCGAUAAACAGCUGGCAUUCGACAUUGUCCAGGCGUUUUCAGCCGCGUUUAAAAGUUUUGGUGUGCACAACUCCUAAGUGAUAAUUGAUGUAUAUUAUUGUUUAAUCAUGCAAAGCCACAUGUCCUAUUAAUCAUGUUCAUGUUUUUGUCUGCUUAAAGGCCGUGUUGCAGGUUUAAUUUUUUACGAAUGUGUGCAAUUUGCUUGUUGGUAAUAAACAUUUAACUGUUA